AAGAAAAAGCAAAAUUGCGUUUGUUCGGAGGUCUAAACGUGGCCAUUAUAGUUCUGCAUAUUUAAUUAGUGCAUACAUGUACACAUAAUUGCGGUCUAAUAGAUUAAACAUUGUUAGUAUUCGUGUGUAUUCGGACACAUUAGUUUGAGCGCACUUCGCUGCUUCCCGUGCUAGCUUAGCUUGCUAGUUAGCUUAGCUUGUUAGCUGCUAACAAAGAGACGCGGAAGUUAUCAACACAUCGCUAAGCAGAGAUCAAGUGUGAGUGUAAAGUGUUGUGAUUGUGUGAAAAUGUGCGAAAGAACGAUAGCAGAGUACGAGGAGGAACUUUGUCCAACAAAAGAGGAGAAGGAGCGACAACAUCAACUAUUGGACGCUGUUUUCAAGAAGCAUCAAGUUGUGUUACACAUAACAGACGUCCAGCAGCCCCCCCACAUUAAAGAGGUAGAGGAGGAGCCACAGCUCCCACGUAAUAAAGAGGAAGAGGAGGAAGUUUGUAUCUGUCAGGAGGAAGAGCGUCUUCUCGGGCAGGAGGAGGCUGAUCUCACCAAGUUUCCACUGACAGUUGUCUCUGUGAACACUGAAGACCAUGAAGACAAACCACCUGAGUCCUCACAGCUUCAUCACAGUCCAAACGUAUGUGAAGAACAUAUUCUCUUUGAGCACCAGGAGUGGAGCUUCAGGGUGGAGCAGGAAGAGCCACAGCCCUCUCACCUUAAAUAUGUAGGCGAGCCACGAGAGACCCCUCACAUUAAAAAAGUGGAGGAAGACCCUCUGACCCCCCAUUGUACAGAGGAAGCGGAGACGCCGCAGACCCCACACCUUAAAAAGAAAGAAGAGUACCAACUGACCCUUCAUUUUAAAGAAGAGGAGGCACCACAGCCCGCCCACAUCAAAGAGGAAGAGGAGGAAUACAGCAUCAGUCAGGAGGGAGAGCAUCUUGUAUGGUUGGAAGAGUUCCCAGUGAUUGUGAAGAGUGAAGAUGAUGAGGUCAAAGGUGAAAGUGAGAAGAGAAUGGUGGAGCCUCUAAGCAGCAGCUCAACUCAACACAUGACAACAGAAGCUGAUGGAGACCACUGUGGAGGAUCACAAGCAGACAAGCUCUUAGCUCCACUAUCAGAUAGUGACGACACAACAUCACACUCUCCUGACACUGAUGAUGAAGACUCUAAAGCUGAUAAGACAUGUCACACUGACAACACACCCUUGACAUGUUCUCACUGUGACAAAACGUUUAAACGGACUGGUUGUCUUAAUAGACACAUGAGAAUACACACUGGGGAAAAACCUUUUCCCUGCUCAGAAUGUGGGAAAUGUUUUGGCCGUAAAAAUGUGUUGAAUUUACACAUGCACACGCACACUGGAGAAAAACCCUUUUCCUGCUCUGUCUGUGGUAAAAGAUUUGUACGAAAAAAUGCGUGGAAAGUACAUACCAGAAUACACACUGGAGAAAAACCUUUUUCCUGCUCAGCCUGUGGUAAAGGUUUUUCACUAAAAGGUAGUUUGAAAGUACACAUGCAAAUACACACUGGACAAAAAACAUUUUCUUGUUCAAUCUGUGGUAAAGGUUUUGUACAAAGUCAAAAUGUAAAAGCACACAUGAGAAUACACACUGGAGAAAAACCUUUUUUCUGUUCAGUCUGUGGUAAAGAUUUUGUAGAAGGGAACAAUUUAAAAGUACACAUGAGAACACACACUGGAGAAAAACCGUUUACCUGUUCAAUUUGUGGUAAAGGUUUUGUACAAAGUCAAUAUUUGAAAGUACACAUGAGAACACACACCGGAGAAAAACCUUUCUCCUGUUCAAGCUGCGGUAAACGUUAUGUACAAAGCCAGUAUUUGAAAGUACACAUGAGCAUACACACUGGUGAAAAACCCUAUUCCUGUUCAAGCUGCAACAAAAGCUUUUCUGCCCAAUCAACACUAGCAGCACACAUGAGAACACACACAGGUGAGAAAGUGUUUAGUUGCAGUGUGUGUGGUGAAAGAUUUUCUCAUAAGUACCAGUGUAAGAAACACAAGUGUGCUGGUGAGAACAGCAGCUGUAAAUGAAGCUGCAGGAUUUGGAAUCAACCAUAAAGACUUUGAUAACUUUGAUUUUGCAACAACAUCCGCACAUAUAACAUGUGUGACAUCAUUGUUGUUGUGUGUAACAUCAUCCAUGCAUCCGUUUUUCUACCACUUUCCCCUUUCAAAGUUGUUAAUAUGCUUCUACCAUUUAUAGAUUAGUUAUUUUCGAUGAGUGUUUUUUUUCAGUCAAGUACAUGGAUUAAUAUACAACAUUGUGUACUUUAAAUAAAAAAUUGAACGGAACAAUUUGACCUGAAAGGUUAGAGUAAACGGUACGAAACAUAUACUGAACCAAACACUUUUGUUUUUGCUCCCUUUUUUCAUGAGUUGAACUCAAAGAUGUAAAACGUUUACUAUA